AACACCGCUUGCUGGCCUUGCUCUGCGGCUGCUCCUGCUGACAACGACAGGGGAGACGAGAGAGGCAAACAAAAUUGGCCGCCGGAGACUUUUCGUCACUUGACGCAGACGUUCGGAAACAGAUGCCUGUAACUGCAGUCUCCAGCUUUGAGCCGUUGUCAGAGAGACUGUUUUCAAGCAUAUCGUUCGACGAGAAUCUCCAUACCGCUUCCCCCACCGCUACUUCAAAAGACAUCAGCAUCAGACCAUGUCUGCCAGACCAAGCAUUGUCUCCUCUCUUGUCACCUUUCGAACCGCCGCAGCAUCCGUGGUGCUUAGGUACUUUUGGGCGGGCGGGCGCACUCAAAUAUGCAGCACAUGCAGGCCUCGCUCGCAUGGCAUGGCAUCGCGUUGCAUCGCAUCAACCAUCAACGCUAAUAAAGGGACCCAAGCUAAAGUCCAUGUGGCCUCUCCAACUCGAGGCCCAUCGAGGCCGCACCAUCUCGCAUCGCACGCCCGACUGGCUAGUCGCCGUCAUAGAUUAGUCCUGGGCCACUCCAAGCCCUCCAAGCCCUCCUGUCUCCGCCAACUCGCCAACUCGCCAACCUCUCCGCCAUGAUGCUGCACCGUUGCGGAGAUCUUAAUGCAUGCAGCACACCACGGCCUCCGAGGGAUCC